UUCCUACGCUCCUGAAGGCAGCACAGCUUUGACCCGCGCGUGACGAGUUGAAUUAGUUCGGUUAGCAGGUGGCGCACUUUUUCUGCUUGGCUAGUUUAGAACAAGAAUAUUCUCCCUGGUCAUCCGUGAUUUUGUCCGUGUUCAAGAAAUGUCUAAGUUUGUCCCUCAGUUUGACUUUUCUGAAAAAACCGGCCGUAACAAGACUACCUUUCAAGGAGACGUUAAUGGAAACGUAGAGCCUGAUGAAACAUGGGAUGACAUAGACCAAGUGGACCCGGCCGAGGCGUCGUUGUUGAAUAAACUGCUCCGGCGCACUGUGGUGGAGAAUGACAGGGUACAUGUGGAGGUGAUUCAGUCGGACCCCACCUCUCCUCUAUUUUCCGUCAAGACUUUUGAGGAGUUGAGAUUAAAAACCGAGCUGUUGAAGGGAGUCUAUAGCAUGGGAUUCAACCGGCCGUCCAAGAUCCAAGAGACCGCGUUACCCCUGCUGCUGGCCCACCCGCCUGGGAAUCUGGUCGCUCAGUCACAGUCUGGUACAGGAAAAACAGCAGCCUUCUCUCUGGCCAUGCUCAGCAUUGUUGACCCAAGCAACAAAUGGACGCAGUGCCUCUGCAUCGCCCCAACAUACGAGCUGGCCCUGCAGAUCGGUCAGGUCAUCGAGCAUAUGGGGCAGUUCUGCCCGGAUGUGAAAGUGGCUUAUGCCAUCAGAGGGAACCGAGUGGAGCGAGGCGUCAAGUUGCAGGAGCAGAUCGUCAUCGGAACGCCAGGAACACUCCUGGACUGGUGCACUAAGUACAAAGUGAUCGACCUCAAGAAAAUCAGCAUGUUUGUGCUGGACGAGGCCGACGUGAUGAUUGACACUCAAGGCUUCCGGGACCAAAGCAUCCGAAUCCAGAGAGCGCUGAGAAAAGACUGCCAGAUGCUGCUGUUCUCUGCCACCUUCGAGGAUUCUCUGUGGGAUUUUGCAGAGAGGGUUAUUCCUGAUGCCAACGUCAUCCGGCUGAAGCGUGAGGAGCAGACCCUGGACAACAUCAAGCAGUUCCAUGUGCUGUGCAAUAACAAAGAGGAAAAGUUGGAAGCUCUCUAUAAUCUGUACGGGACCCUCACCAUCGCACAGGCCAUCAUUUUCUGCCGCACUCGAGCCACUGCCUCUUGGCUGUCUGCAAUCCUAAAGCAAGAAGGCCACCAGGUGGCGCUGCUGAGUGGAGAUUUGACAGUGGAGCAGAGAGCUGCUGUCAUCGAACGCUUCAGGAAUGGGAAGGAGAAGGUGUUGGUGACCACCAACGUUUGCUCCAGAGGAAUCGACGUGGAGCAGGUGUCCAUCGUGGUCAACUUUGACCUUCCGGUGGACAUGGAGGGGAACGCCGACCACGACACCUACCUUCACCGGAUCGGCCGCUCGGGUCGCUUCGGCAAAAGAGGGUUUGCCGUAAACAUGGUGGAAGGCGAUCGAGACACGAGGAUCCUCCACCAAAUCCAGGAACACUUUCAUCAGAAAAUCCCGAAACUCGACACCAGUAAUAUGCAGGAGAUGGAAAGAAUUCAGCUUUGAGCUGUUUUACCCACAACCCCCCUGUAGGGGUCAGGUGACCUCCCAGAGCCAUGGAGUUUAUUUCUAUUUAAUAACUUUGGUUUAAUUUCUUUCAAAAAUUAUCUAACAUGCAUGUUUAUGGUUUGCAGUGUUUUUCUUUGUGUUAUUGUGUAAAAAACCUUAAUAUGUUAUAAUUGAGUUUGACUCGUUUCUUCGUGUUUUUGUGACUAGUUUAAGUAACAGAGUUUUACUAAAAAUAAAAAUGCAUGUUUGAUUUUCUAAACCUCAUUCUUAAGAACAGCAGCAGCAGAUGCUUCACUUUUCUGUCAAACUCUUUAGGUUGAAACGUUUUCAGGAAGUCGGCACAGCUUGUUAUUGUACCUUUCAAAAUAAAACGAAUCAAAAAAUGCUAAAAAGGAGAAUUCAUGUAGAAAGUGGAAACAAAUGAAUGUUUAUCAUUAAAUAAAAAGCACAUUUAUGUUUGUAUGUAA